AUGAAUAUUUGGAUUGCCUUAUCAAUAAAUCUGGUUAUUGGAAUAGAUGCAACUUUAAAUCUUUUGAAUCCAAUCUCAAAUAUAAAUUACAUAUUGUCAGGAAUAAGAUGUACUUUAGCUAUAUUAAGCAUACUCUUUUAAUUUGCAAUCUACAAAAAGAUGAAGUUUUAAUAAUUCACUAUGUUACUACAAAUCCUAUUUUAGAUACAACUUGCUUCUGAAAUCAGAUUAACUUUUACAUCUUUAAAUUCAUUCAAUCUUUACAAAUACAUUUUAUUAUUGUAUUAUGAACAUUCAAAUAAACAACUGAAGUAUCUUUAAUUUGCUACUACUCUUUAAUGUAUGAUUGAAAUACAAAUUUUAAAUACAUAAAUUCAUGAAUACAUAAUCACAACAUUAAUUUUUGUUAUUAUUAUUCUUAUUAAGGCAUCACAGAAUUCUUAAUAAUUAUCUCAUAAACAUUCAUCUUCUAAUGAUGUAUUUCAUUCAUAUUCUACUGUCCCUGCAGAAAUAGCAUCUUCCAAUAGAAAAAUAGAUUUAAUCACAAGAGAUGAAUUAAUCUAUAUUUUAAAUCAUAGUAAAUAAGGAAUCAUUUAUUUUGGAUAAAAUCUUGAAAUAUAAUAUAUAAAUGAGAAAACUUAGAAGUUAUUUUCAACUAAAUCAUACGAUAUAGCCAUGAUUCAAUUAUAAAAAAUUAUUAUACAGUAAAUUAUUUUUAUAAUUAUAGAGCUAUUGAAUAAGAUUAAAAUCUCAAUAGUUAACAUAAAGAAAUCAAAUUUAGAGCUUCAUAAAAACAUUUAUUAUAAAAAGCUGAUUGCAAAAUGAUAGAGAGUUUAAUAGCAUCUGCUGAAUAAAAUCUUAAGAGAUUUUAAUCAAUGAGUGAAAAGUUACUGGACUCUUAAUUUCUAACCAAAAAAUAAUAGAAGAAUCAAUUCACAAUUCCUGAAUUUAGAUAAUUACUCUUAUCCCUAUUUGCUGAUUGUUAAAUGAAUAAUCUGUAUUCAUUAUAUAUUAUUAUAGUUUAGAUCAAAGAACUUUCGUUAAAGCUAAUAAAUUGAAAGUCAAUCUUACAACUAAUAAUGGAGAAAAAACUAUUGAAUUGUAAUUUUGUAAAAUUGCUAAUCUCUUGAAUUAAGGAGGCUAUUUACUAUUCAUCUAUGAUAUUACAGAAAACGAAAGAUUAUAAUAAUAUAUCCAAAAGUAAAAGUUUCAAACAUUACAUUUUAAUUCUUUCUCUCAUGAAUUAAGAACACCUCUUAAUUGUUCAUUAACCUUACUUUAAGCAUUAAAAACUUAAUCAAUUUCUACUUAACUUAUAUAAAACUAUUUAAAUCCAGCUAUUGUUUCAAAUAAAUUAUUAAUGCAUCAAAUUAAUGAUAUUUUAGAUUAUGCUUCUUUUGGUUUAGGAACAUUUCAAUUAAAUAUCAGAGAUUUUCUUAUUAAGGACAUAUUUAAAUAAUUAGAAGAGUAUUAUUUAGAAAUUUGUGCUACAAAAGGAAUAAAAUUGAUCUUUUCUAUUUUUGACUCUCUUGAAAAUUAUAUGAUUUAUAAUGAUCCUGAAAGAAUAUUGUAACUAUUAGUUAAUUUAAUUAAUAAUUCACUCAAAUUUACAAGGGAAAAUGAUGUUAUUUGUGUUACUACUAAAAGUAAAUAGAAAUCAUCUGGAAUUAUUAAAGAUAAAUUUAUUAAAUUUAUAGUUCAUGAUACAGGUAGAGGAAUAGCAAAGACAGAAUUAGAUGCUAUAAAUAAUAUAAUUCAUACAUCUAUUGAUAAUGAUAUAUAUCAUUAGUUAAGGAAUUUUACUACAAAAUAUGUUGGAUUAGGAUUCACAAUAGGUAGUAGAAUGAGUAAUGAAUUAGCAUAUUCUAAAAAAUCAUAUUUCAAAAUUAGAAGCAAAGAGGGUUUAUUUACAAAAGUGAGUUUCAGAAUUAGUAAUUAAAUAAAUUUAUUUGGUAUAAGACCAAAAGAUUCAUCAAUUAAAUUGGAUCAAAUCAUAUCUUAAAAUCAAAUAGAUAUUGAAAAUCCUUUAGAAGAGUAACAUUAGAUUCCUCUAUGGACUUAAACAUUUUUUUCACAUAAAUUAAUAUAAAGUGAUAUAUUUCCUUAGAUAUUAAUUUGUGAUGAUGUAGCUUUUAAUCUUAUUUCCUUGAAUUUAUUAAUUAAGAAUCUUGGAUUUGAAAGUGACAUUGUUUAUGAUGGUUAUCAAGCCAUAAAUUAAAUUAAAAAAAGAAUACUUUAAUAAUAGGCAUAAUAUAAGAUAAUAUUUAUGGAUAUUGAAAUGCCAGGUUUAAAUGGAUAUCAAACAUCAACUUAAUUAUUAUAAAUUGAUGAUAAAUUAAAUAUCAUUAUGUGUUCAGCAUAUGAUACAGAAGAUAAUUUAAGUAAAGCAUUAGAAAGUGGAAUGAAAGAUUAUAUUAUAAAACCAGUUAGAAUAGAGUAACUAAAAGUUUUGA